AAAAGCUUUUUACAGGCAACACCCACCCACCCACUCCCCUCCUCUCCUCUUCCCAAACCCCCACCACCACCCAAAAAAAAAAGAAGCUUAUUACCCAAAAAGAAAUACCCCUAAAUUUCUGACAGGAAAAAAAUGGUUCGUGGAGGCGUGAAGUGUGUGAAGUAUUUGCUGUUCAUCUUUAAUUUCCUCUUCUGGCUUGCAGGAUCUGCAGUUCUAGCCAUCGGACUAUGGCUUCGUUUGGAUCCACAGACAAAGGGCAUGUUUGAAAUUGAAUCGACACCUUCCACUUUCUACACAGGAGUUUACAUCCUGAUUGGUGCUGGUGCGGUGAUGAUGGUGGUUGGCUUCCUCGGAUGUUGUGGAGCGAUUCAGGAAUCUCAGUGCAUGCUGGGCUGUUUCUUUCUGUGUCUCCUAGUUAUAUUUGCAGUUGAAAUUGCAGCUGGAAUAUGGGGCUUCAUGAACAAAUCUAAGAUUACUGAAGAGCUGAAGGACUUCUACACUGCAACGUACACUGAGUAUCUCAAGGAUCAGACGGAUGCUUUAAAGGCUGCCUUGGUAGCAAUGAACAGUGGGAUGAAAUGUUGUGGACUUGGUGGCGCUAUUGAAUUAUUAGUUCGAGAAACCUGCCCUGCAACGGAUUCGAGUGGUUUAAGUGGCGUGAUUGAAGCUUUACAAAGAAAGUCUUGCCUCGUGGCUAUUGACGAAGUUUUCGGCAGCAAACUUUAUAUCGUUGGAGCAGUUGGAAUUGGCAUUGGAUUAGUCAUGAUUUUCGGAAUGAUUUUCAGCAUGGUGUUAUGCUGUGCUAUUCGCAACAGCAAAGAAAUGAUCUAAAGAUCAAGCUUAUACUUGUAGUGCCAUUGACAUGAUAUUAACUUGCCUGUUAUUAUUUUUUUUGCUUUUUUGUUUAAAUUCAGUUAACUAUAGCAAAACAAUUUUUUUCCACUUUUUUGUAUUUAAAGUUUAAAGGUAAAUUCUGGAUAAUUUAACUUUUUUAAAAAAAAAUUAUUGCAUUUGUUCAAUUUAGUGUUUAACAAGUUAAGAAAAGGAAGGCUUCAGGUCUGAAAUUUUACAAGGUCUCAACCUUUCAACCAUUGCCCGAACAGGGUGUAUAGAGAAGAAGUGCAGAAUUUGAGGCGAGUGGGAGUAGGGAAUCAGUUUUUUUUUGUUAGUUUGAGAAUUGUAAGAAAAUAAACUAUUUUCAAAUUAAGAAUUUUCCAAAAAUCUGUAUAAACCCCAAAUUAAGAUGCCGAUUCAUGAGACCAUGGGACAUUUCAGACCGAACAAACUUUCCUUGUAACUCUUCAGUAAGUUUUAAGGUAUUUUUUCUUUGUUCUAACGAAGUUUUAGUGGUUGUAGUCGAUAUAAACGUGGCCCAGAAAGAUGCUGCACUAGUUCAAAGUUAACUAGUCUUGAGAUGAUUUCACAAUUGUGAUGGAUCGAAAGAGCAAAUUUCUGUUGAAUCUUGGGUUCCCUUACCCCCGAGUGUAGUAUAUCCUUUAAAAUAUUUUGAUUCUAUCAAAGCAGAAAUACAAAUUGUAGAUAAUCUGAUUUCUUUGGAAAAAAUAAAGUUUAAAAUUGGACC